AAAAGAGACAGAAAAUGAACGACUGGAGGAGACAAUGAUCGCCAAACAUUUCCUUAUCCAUUGAUAAACAAAGAUCCUCGAUUUCCGCUUCACUUCUCUCUCUCUUUUCUCAAACACCAUGGCAUCAAGCAUGUCUUCUUCUCCUUCCUCUUUGUUGCUUCCCCUUGGUUCUGCAUCUGAGAAGAAACUGUAUGCCAAUCAUAUGGCCUUCUCAAAUAUCAGGGCUCAAGCUAUAAUUGUUAGGUCUUCAAGUUGUAAGACAAGGAAAUACAGCAAUGGACCGGAUUUAGUUACACGAAGGGAUGUGAUGGGGUUGCUUUUCGGAGUUCCGAUCAUCUCGUUGAACUCGCCAGAUGCCGAUGGUGCCGGCUUGCCACCCGAAGAAAAGCCGAAACUAUGCGAUGAUGCCUGCGAAAAGGAGCUUGAAAAUGUACCUAUGGUAACUACGGAAUCCGGUUUGCAGUACAAGGAUAUUAAAGUUGGUGAAGGUCCCAGUCCUCCAGUUGGUUUUCAGGUUGCUGCUAAUUACGUCGCAAUGGUUCCUUCUGGACAAAUAUUCGAUAGUUCGCUGGAGAAAGGUCAGCCCUACAUAUUUCGAGUUGGAUCCGGACAGGUGAUAAAGGGGCUUGAUGAGGGGAUUUUGAGCAUGAAAAUAGGAGGGAAGCGCAGACUUUAUAUUCCGGGACCAAAAGUACCAUGGAGGUCCUUGCACUAAGAGUCGGAUUGUAUUUUAUCCCUUUACUUAAAAAAUAAAUAAAUUAGUCCAUGUACAAUAGAAAAAAGAAAAAAAACGGUCUAUCUGCUAAAAAUUACAUUCAUUUCUACUAUUGAAAACUGAUCCUUAUAUGGCGGCAUAUCGCAUGUUUUAACAAUAUAAAUGGAUGAAAUUUUUACUAAAAGUGACUAAUUUGCUCUUUGAUCAAGCGUAUAAAGAUUGAUUUAUUCUUUUUUUGAUUAAAUGGGGUAAAGUGCAAUCCGACUCCUAAUACAGGGGCCUUUACGAGACUUUUACCAUUGAUGAACAUGUGAUAUAGCUGGCAUUCCCGAAGGGUUUAACUUCUGCACCAGGAAGACCAAGGGUAGCUCCAAGUAGCCCAGUCGUUUUUGAUGUGAGUUUGGAAUA